UAUAAGUUAUAUCGAAGCCGAUAAUCAUAAAUCUCGUUCUGUGGUGAAAUUAUCUACCUACUCAUUAAUUAUUGGGGAUUUGAUUUUGGGUGUAUCCGGUAUUGUAUAGUUAAGGUUAUAAUACGGUAUUCGGUAACCUCAAUAAUACUUUAUUCUACCAAGACUAAGUUUAUGUGCGUGUUCAUGCCAAAUGUGUAGUAAAAUACAAAAAGAAACAAUGGAAAAUUAUGAAAAAUCAUUAAGAAUUGAUCUGGAAAGUAGACCAUACCGUUAUCUUCAAAAAAUGUCUAAAGCCUUAUCUUUACCAUCGAAAUUCAAGAAAAUAUAUCUCAUAGAUAUGAUCGUAGCCAGAAAGUGGUGCAAAGAAGAUGAAGUGAAUCGAAUCAUAGGAAAAGUUAAACAACAAAAAGCUAGAUCUUCACAGAUUCGUAGGCGGAGUAAAAGAAAAACUGUGCAGGACACAGAAAACAUAACAGCAAGGCGACUAUUACCUAUAACAGCAAAACCUAAACACAGCCAGCUAACGCUACAGCGAUUAAACAAACGCCGCAGUUUAUUAAAACGUCUAAACGAAAGCCCUAACACCGAGCUUACUAGAAUGUUACGUUCAUGUAAAGGUCGAAAUAUAAGAAACGCUACAGAUGUUAUAAAAGCUCACACAUCAGGUGGAUGUAUAAAAAUAGUGAAUUGGCAGAAUUCGUUCCAAUUGCGCGAGUUAACUGUUCAAUUGCAACGUUUGACGACGCUAACACCUGUGAGUCAUCGCCAUCACAACGAAAGUACACAAUCACAAUCUCCAGCAAAGCGUCAAAGAACAUUAAGCGGAAUAUAUCCAAUACAAAACGACGUACAGACAAACGGAGUGAGCCUGCAACAAAAGGACGGAACAAUAUCGAUAACAAACGCUAUCGUCGAAAGACGUACUAACGAACGACAAACACAAACAGACUACACUGAAGACACACUAAACAAUCCGGAAGAAAAUACACCGAUUAAUAAUAAUUUGGUCCAAAAUCUCCCAAUAACAGAUUCUGCGUUUAGUGAAGUGAAUAAUUCGAUAGAUAGUUGCUAUAGUGAAGUUAGAGCUGAAGACACAAUGUGGAAGCAUGAAAAUGUACUGCCGAGGAUUAUUGAUGUGUUCAGUAAGUUUAACGGCAGGGAUUAUACGCAACCAUCGCAUGUACAAGUCAGUGAGCAUGAGAGAAUUCCAAUGUACACAAAUUACAUUCCAAACCCUAAUCCAAUAACAUUGGAAAAGUUUUAUUCAUUCAAAACUAAUUCGCUAGCAAAUGGUUUGUUACUAAAGAAAACUGCGGCUCACACUAAGAGCGUGUCCAGUACAAAUACGGUUAUGUUGACGAAAGUACAACCCUCUGCCGCAUCUAUGCAUCUAUUGCACAGUCCUUCAAACUCCGAGAGUGUUGGUCGCAGCGACAUGAACCAACAUUUUGUGAACUCGUCUUGUUCUAAACAGGAAAUGCAACAGGAUUCUUUGUAUUCUGAAGAACCAAACAAUUCGUCUGUAUCGUCUGUGGACACGAGCCAGGAUAUCGGCGUAUCCGUCACUAUACCGGAAGUGGUGGAAGACGCGGUCGAAAUUAUUAGCCAAGAUGGCGAUUAUUUGGAGCGCAUCGGAAUGGACAGUACGAAGAUAUUGUGCGCGCUCUGCAACUGGGCUGUACCCAUUGUUAAAAUGGAGUACCAUUUGAGAAAGGAGCACGCAGACCAAAUACUAAAACAGAAUAAAUCUGAAUGGAAUAUAACCUACACAUUGGGAAGUCUUGUAUCAGAUUCGAUGUGGCAUAGCAAAGUGAUAGAGUACAAUUCGUCUUUAUACGUGUUAAGUGCUAAGUAUGAAGAUCCGGACUGUUUUAUGGUCACUUUGUCGUCACCAUCACCGAACAUAAUAACAAAUACAGGUUCAAUUACCAUUUACAACAAAGUGACCGGAGAACCACACACAUGGCAAGGUGAUAUAGAGCCUGUACCCCCAAACUUGCCAUAUAAUAACCAUUUAAAUUGCCUCAAAUUGAACCUGGCAAAACUAGAUUUAUUGCCCAAUAGCGCUAACUUGAAGUUAGUUAAAAGGGAAUUAGUUAUGGAGUCGACAAGCAAAGUUGUUGUAGGCCAACCUGAAUUGAACGAUAUACACAUUAUUUUGUUUGUUAGAUUAUUGGAUUUUUAGUAAUUAUAGUUUUUUUAUUAAACCUGGCAACACUAGCCUUCUAACUUGUAAUUAGUUAAAUUAAUAGGGUACUUUAAAAGUUGCCAAGUAAAGUUUAACCUGAAUUAAACGAUAUACUUAUUAUUUAGUUUGUCAUAUUUUUUAAUUUUCACUUAUUAUAAUUAUUUUUUAGAUAAAAACCUACAUUUAUUGCGCUUGUCAUAUGUAUGGAAAUUCAUAAAACCGUUCAUAGCUAGACUGACCGUACGCACGCGUAGUUCCAUACAAUAUGACAAGCACAAUGACGUACGCACCGAUGGUCGGUGAAGCUCUGCAACCGGCCUAAGGCAUGUUUUUUAGGUAUUUUUAUUUUGAUAAGAGUGCUUUUCAACGACAUAAUAUUGUAAUAUGUUGUUAAAAGUAAGUUCUAUUUUGAAAAGAUAAAUUAAUAUCAUAAAAGUUGGAUACUCAUGAUCUCAAUAUAAUUGUUUAAAAAUAAAGUACUUAGCACAAAAAAUACGGGUGUAAGUAUUAAUUAAUUCGCGAAUGCCGUAUCGUAUUCGCUUCGCUCGCUCUCCGCCUAUGUUUUUGUUAUAUAAUUUAUGAAGCUACUUUUGAAUAUGCAUGCAUUUUUUAGGUUUAUAUACAUUGAAAUGUAUAUUUGUUUUUUUUUAGUUUUAGAAAAGUAGAAAAUUUAAGUUAUAAUUAAAUUCCUCAUAGGGAAGUGUAGUAUGGCUCAAUUUAUUUAAUCUCUCCAUCUCUUUCUGGCAUACUGAAAUGUCUUUUACUAGAGAGAGAUGCACUAUUUUACGAGUCUUAAUCGAUGUAACAACGUUAAUAAGCUAUCUCGUUUUGGUUAUGAACAUUUCCAUUUGAUGGAAAGAGAAAGAAGUACAUUCUUUUGUCAAAUAUAAUAUGUAUUUAUUUGAAACUUAAUUUAAGCUGCUAUAAAUUUGCGAUUAGAGCCAGCGCGCACGAGCAACUUUGUCUCCGCAACUAUUUUGUCUCUCCCAUCAAUUUGUAUGGGGAGUUGCGUCGCUAACUCGCUACGUGCGCGCACUUUCAUACUAGCCCAUGGGUGGGAGAGACAAAAUAGUUGCGGAGACAAAAUUGCUCGUGCGCGCGGGCUCUUAUAGUUUAUAUUUCUUUACUGAGAAAAGAGAAGAAACAUCGAAUUUAAUCAGUUAAAAUUCGAAAAAAUGUGUUUAUUCUCUGAAGUUUCAUUUAUUACACUUGAGUAACUAUACGUAUAUAUUUUUUAUAAAUUUAAGUAGUAGUUUUACUGUAGUAAAAAUCAACAAAUACAUUUUUUGGUCCGUAAAUGUAUGCUAAUUCAAAUAAUUUUUAUUAAGAAGUUUAAAAAGUUGAUUUUUUAUUAAUUUUAUAAUCUCGUUGAUUUUUCUAGAAGAUUUAAUCAGUAGGAUGAGCGUAUAAUAUCAGGACUUAUUUUCAGUUUGAAGGGGUUUUAAGUUAUUAUUUUUCGUAGUUAGCUUGGUCGACGCUUAUCUUUUUUUUUUGUUGUGAGAUUUUUUUGAUUAUUUUUAGAUUUAAUUUAUAAACAAAAUAUGCAUCUUAAAUUGUGACCAUAUUUGAGUAUGGUUACAAUUUAAGGUAUCGCACGUAUCUAUCUCGUUUUGGUUAUGAACAUUUCCAUUUGAUGGAAAGAGAAAGAAGUACAUUCUUUUGUUAAAUACAUAUAAUACGUUUUUAUUUGAAACUUAAGUUAAGCUGCUAUAAUUUUGUGAUUAAAGUUUAUAUUUUUUUACUGAGAAAAGAGAGAAACAUCGAAUUUAAUCAGUUAAAAUUCGAAAAAAUGUGUUUAUUCUCUGAAGUUUCAUUGAUUACACUUGAGUAACUAUACAUAUAUAUUUUUUUAUAAAUUUAAUUAAUUUAAUUUAAGUAGAAGUUUUACUGUAGUAAAACUCAACAAAUACAUUUUUCUGGUCCGUAAAUGUAUGCUAAUUCAAAUUAUUUUUAUUAAGAAGCUUAAAAAGUUGUUUUUUUAUUAAUUUUAUAAUCUCGUUGAUUUUUCUAGAAGAUUUAAUCAGUAGGAUGAGCGUAUAUCAGGACUUAUUUUCAAUUUGAAGGGGUUUUAAGUUAUUAUUUUUCGUAGCUUGGUUGACGCUCAUCUUUGUUUUUUUUUUUUGUAGUGUGAUUUUUUUUUUAUUUUUAGAUUUAAUUUAUAAACAAAAUAUGUACCUUAAAUUGUGACCAUAUUUGAGUAUGGUCCCAAUUUUAAUAUAAAGUUGUUUUAAACUACUUAUAACACAUGUUUUUCAAAACCAGUGUUUAUUAUUUGAAUGUUGCUAUAAUUAUAUUUGAAAAUGUUGAUAUUUAUUGUUAAAUUUGGAAGAUAUCAAAUUAUACUUGUAAGUAUAAUUAUAACAACAUAUUAUUUACAUUUGUAUAUCAAUCAUUUGAAAGACUGCAGGAGUAUUUUCAUUAUUAAAGUAAAGCACAUCUUAGACCGGCUACUUACCUACCCGCAGCUGGGGCAAUAUUGGAAUUGGACCCUUAAUUGGCCCCUUAAUUGCGACGUUUAUAGGCAACAGGGGCAAUUUAGAGAACAACUGAAAUUGCUCCGACCGCUGACCAAACGAGUUUGUUCCAAUAUUGCCCCUGAGGCAGGUACGUGGUACGUUUUUCUAUUUACCUCUAAUUAAUCAGAUUUAAAUUAAAAUCUCUUGCAGAUCUUUGAUUGUUUUGUAAUUUAAUUAAAUUUUUUUCAAAUUAUUUUUAGUUAUUUUGAUAAAAGGUUAGAAACACAAUUCUGUGUGCCAUAACUUUACAGUAUUUGCAUGUGAUCUCUUUAGGUAUGUAAUAACUUUUUGAUACCAUCAAUUAAAUUUCUUGUAUGUUU